CUCUUUGCUUUCUGUUGUGUGUGCGUUAGCUUUCUGCUAAUACCAUCAGUGCUGCUCAAUAUACUGCAGACACUGUGCGCCUAUAAGCUGUUAACAAAUCUAGAAUGGAGAAGAACUAUCAAUUUUAUGGCGUUGAUGAAACCGCAGUUUUUAUAUGAAAACAAAAUGCUUGAUUUAAUGAUUCCAGGCUUGCAGCAUGUUAUCGAAGAGCUUGCAAAAGAAUAUGUUGUGGAAUUUUGCAAAUAGAAAACGUCCUCUGCUGGUUUUAUGGCAAUUAAGUUUCAAAACUCUGCAUUGAAGUUCCAAAGUUCGAAAUCCUGGCUGAUUCAGAUUGUAAAUCUCCAUCAGCUACUACUUCUUCCAUCGGGAUCCUGCCAAAACACUGAAAUUUCAGAGCCGUGGAGUUCGGAAAGGGAGAGACCCAUCCUGUGAGUAAAAGACAGUCUUCAUGGAUUAUGGUUAUUAGUUAGACCGUGUACGGUUUCAAGUUGAAUCUUGAGGUCUCUCUCUGUGAGUGACGUCUAGAGAGGGAGAGGCAACAGGUGAAAUGGGUCAAGAUGGGCUGAGAUCCUCUGGAAGUGGCGGAGGACUUUCGACAACGGCUGUAUCGAAUAGCGGAGGGAGAGGCCGUGGUUUUUUGCGCGGUUGGCCUGUUCAAAAUACUUUAAUCAACAUCAAGAUCAUGAUUCUCUGUGGAUUUCUGACCAUCGUCCUCCUCCUUGGAACAACCAGUAUUGGAAACUUUGGAAGCUCCAGUACCGACUCUGUCAAACCGAUUCUUGCCGAGAGCCCAUCUGGUUCGGAUCCAACCGACUUGGAUGAGCCGCCAAAAGCUGAGAUUAAUCCCAAUGUGACGUACACUCUCGGGCCCAGGAUCACAAACUGGGACAGUCAACGCAAGGUAUGGCUGAAUCACAACCCUGGUUUCCCUAGUAUUGUCAAUGGCAAAGCUCGAAUCUUGCUUCUUACCGGGUCUACCCCGGGACCCUGUGUUAAACCGGUUGGAGACUAUUACCUGUUGAAAUCAGUGAAGAACAAGAUUGAUUACUGUAGGCUUCACGGGAUAGAGAUUGUGUAUAACAUGGCGAAUCUGGAUGAGGAACUUGGAGGGUAUUGGACGAAACUGCCUAUGAUUAGGAGGUUAAUGUUGUCUCAUCCAGAAGUAGAAUGGAUUUGGUGGAUGGAUAGUGACGCUUUGUUCACUGAUAUACUGUUUGAGAUCCCUUUGUAUCGGUACGAGAAGCAUAACCUGGUGAUACAUGGUUAUCCGGACUUGUUGUUCAACCAAAAGUCAUGGGUUGCGUUGAACACAGGUGUUUUUCUGUUGAGGAAUUGUCAGUGGUCAUUGGAUUUGUUAGAUGCUUGGGCUCCAAUGGGACCAAAAGGGACGAUUCGAGAGGAAGCUGGAAAGAUACUGACUGCUUAUCUGAAAGGUCGGCCAGCAUUUGAGGCAGAUGAUCAAUCGGCGUUGAUAUAUCUCCUGCUUUCACAGAAGGAUAAAUGGAUGGAGAAGGUUUUUGUUGAGAACCAAUACUAUCUGCACGGGUUUUGGGAGGGUUUGGUUGAUAGGUAUGAAGAGAUGAUAGAGAAGUAUCAUCCGGGUUUGGGAGAUGAGAGAUGGCCCUUUGUGACACAUUUUGUGGGGUGCAAACCGUGUGGCAGCUACGCUGAUUACGCAGUCGAUAGGUGCUUCAAGAGCAUGGAGAGGGCUUUCAAUUUUGCGGAUAAUCAAGUGCUCGAGCUGUAUGGAUUUAGGCACAGGGGACUGUUGAGCCCCAAGAUUAAAAGGAUCAGAAACGAGACAGUAUCUCCUUUGGAGUUUGUAGACAAGUUUGAUAUCCGCAGAAGGCAUGCAGAAAUCAAAGCAUAGAAGCUAGGAGUGAAUCAUACACAGCUUGACGAGAUUUUUAGGGAAUGUAUAGGUAACAAGGAACACUCACAAACGCAAGUUGUUCCUUGUGCUUAUUUGUCUGCUCUUGUUUGGGAAAAGUUUUAGCUGCCAAAAUCUUUUUCCACUGAUGUUUUAUGUCAUUUCGAGUCAAUCUAUAUGGAGAAAUUUGAUACUUGCAAUUCUGCUUGUUACUCCACUUUUGGCAUGUCUGCCAUGUUAAAACUUGUUGGCAAUUGUCAGCUUUGAAGGAAAGAUUAGGACAAAUCAUGGAAAGCAAACUUGUGGUCACUUCAUUCCAGGAACAUCAAUGUGUUCUGUUGCUAGGUAUUGGCAUGACCAGGUUGGAGUCGGGUCUUGUAUGUAAAGUAUUUAGAGAGAUGGUUGAUCAAUUUCUAUCGCAAUAUUAUCUUCUUUC